UUUCCGGUUGCGCACGUGUGUUGUGUGUUUCAGUUUUGUUUGGUUUGGACUUUUUUGGCUUUUCGGACAGACGGAGAAAAUCCUUAAGAACCAGGUCAGAAUCUGCGGUAUUUACUUUGGAGGCCGCUGCUAUGUUGGGACAGAUGGACUUAAUUCGGACGAUCCGGGACGAGGAUGAAAGUCCGGAGGAACCGGACACCGAGUCCGAGCAGGAGGAUGCACCAAUCAUCCUGAACAGAAAGAAAAAAUUUGGCAGACGUGGCCGUGGGGCAAUGGAUUUUAAUGCCGACUUUGAGUUUGGAGAGAAAGAUGUCAUCCUGGACGACACUGACUGGGCCGGGCUGGACCUGAUGAAGCAGCUGAAGAAGAAGAGAACUCCAACCACUCUGGACCAGAAAAUUGAAAUCAUCAGGAAGAAGAGAAAAGCAGAGGGAAAGGAAGGUUUGAGUGACACUGCUGGAAAGCACCCAGAGGAAGGCGUGGAAGAGGACAUUAAGCCUGAAACUGGAGGAGACGACGAUGAUGAUGAUGAUGAUGAUGAAUUUGACUCAGCUGAUGAGGAAAUCCUGACUAAAUCAGAUACAUUGCGAGAGAAAGAACGGCGAAGGAGGAACAGGAGAGAUAAAGAAGUGGAGGCUCCAGAGUCUUUCCACGAGGACGCUUCUCAGUACGAUGACAGCUUGACCUUUGAUGACAUGAAUCUCUCCAGACCCAUCCUGAAGGCCGUCACUGCGAUGGGGUUCAGGCAGCCAACUCCGAUCCAGAAAGCCUGUGUUCCUGUUGGUCUGCUGGGACGAGAUCUUUGUGCCUGUGCUGCUACUGGGACAGGAAAGACUGCAGCCUUCAUGUUGCCAGUGAUGGAGCGUUUGGUUUAUAAGCCCAAGACGUCCCAGGUGACCAGAGUGUUGGUUCUGGUUCCGACCAGAGAGCUGGGGAUCCAGGUUCACUCCGUGGCCCGUCAGCUUGCCCAGUAUACCUCCGUCACUACGUGCCUCGCUGUUGGUGGGCUGGACCUGAAGUCUCAGGAGGCUGCACUGAGGGCGGGGCCAGAUGUGUUAAUUGCGACACCCGGCCGUCUGAUUGAUCAUCUUCACAACACGCCAAGCUUUGAGCUUCAGCACAUUGAGAUUCUGAUUCUGGAUGAGGCCGACAGGAUGCUGGACGAGUACUUUGAGGAACAGAUGAAGGAGGUCAUCAACCUGUGCUCCAAACAGAGACAGACCAUGUUGUUUUCAGCCACCAUGACCGAUGAGGUGAAGGAUCUGGCUCUGGUUUCCUUGAAGCAGCCAAUCAGGAUCUUCGUUAACAGCAACACAGACGUGGCUCCAUUCCUGCGACAAGAAUUUGUUCGCAUUCGGCCCAACAGGGAAGGAGACCGAGAAGCUGUUGUGGCUGCUCUGCUGACUCGGACCUUCCAGGAUCACGUGAUGCUGUUCACUCAGACCAGGAAACAGGCUCACCGACUUCACAUCUUGCUGGGUCUGAUGGGGCUGAAUGUUGGAGAACUGCAUGGGGAACUAAGCCAGAGCCAGAGACUAGAGAACCUCAGGCGUUUUAAAGAUGAACAGAUAGAUAUUUUGGUGGCCACAGAUGUAGCAGCCAGAGGUCUAGAUGUUGACGGAGUAAAAACGGUUAUUAACUUCACAAUGCCAUCCACAAUCAAGCACUAUGUUCACCGUGUUGGCCGAACGGCGAGGGCAGGUCGGUCUGGACGUUCAGUGUCCCUGGUUGGAGAGUUGGAGCGGAAGCUUUUAAAAGAAGUGGUGAAGACAGCAAAAAGCAGCGUGAAGGCUCGAGUGCUGCCACCAGAGGUCAUCCUGAAAUUCAGAGACCUGAUAUACUUUAGAAAAAGAUGUGAAGCUGUGAUGAAGCUGGAGAGAGAAGAGCGAGAAAUGGCUGCAUCUGAGGCCAAGCUAAGUGUGGCUCAGAAGCGGCUUGAGAGCACCACCUCCUGUCAAAUCACAGCGAGGUUGGUUUCAGACACAGCAGAGAGGAAGCGAGUCGUAUGCAAAAAAGCCCUGCAGGAAUAUGAGCUUGCUCUGAGAGGGAGAAGAAGCGACAGACGUUCUAAAGAUCGCAAGAAGAAUGAAAUGACGGUGGAGGAAAGGGCUCAGUUUGAGAUCCUGAAGGCUCAGAUGUUCGGAAGGGCAGCUAAGAGAGUUAGACGACCAAAGAGAGCCCGAGUCAUGACUGAGGAGGAAGUGCUACCCCAAGCAGCCAAUCAGAAAUCAGGAAAGGAAAGCUGGAAAUCUGUGUUUGAUAAAGAGCUGACCAACACCAGCAGGACGGCUCUGAGACAGUACAGAGCAGGACCGACUUUUGCAGAUCGGAAGCGUCUGAGUUUGGGCAGAAAACACUCUGGUGGCUCCAGGUUUAAGAAGAAGUGACGCUCACCUCUGCUGGUCCUUCAGAUCUUCUGUGAUGUCGGCAAAUUCUUCUUUGUGCUGUAAAUUGUUGCACGUCAGCUUUGAAUACAUUUUCAGUCUGUCUUAAAAACAAAAGUUUGUGAAGUUCUGGACUUGCGUUAACAUCGAGCGUGCGGUCACCUGUCGACACGUUUUGUUGAGUUGAAAUGAAGCAAAUAAAAAAUAUCACAUUAACCCUUUUGAAUCAACAGUCCGUCUACUCGGACAAACUAGAAUAAAUCUGGGUUCUUAAAGUAUUUGGUGUGGGCGGGGUCACACUACAAAAACUACACCUUUUUCCUCUAUACUAUAUUGACCAAUUUUCUUAAAAUUGGAGUUAUUGAUCAUCAGGCCUCCUCAGUCUCCCCCAUAACACUUGCAGAAAGGAUGACAAGGCAGACAUUCGUUGAGCAGCGACGUCAUCCAGAACAACCUGGUUUGCAGCCACACGUCACACUCAGUUACCGUGUGUUGGACGGUGAGACAAAGACAUGGAAUGUCCACUCUGUCUUCUAAAUUCCACCUGUUCUCUUCAUCUGGGGGAAGCUUGGGCCAAGUCAUUUGGUCUGAUUAUCCCACAUUUGCAUGGAGGAUAUGAAGGAGCGCCAGUUGGAGCGUCUCAGGGGUGGGGGGCUGAAAUAGAAGUGACCCCCCAGGAAGGGGAGCAGGGGUCAAAAGAUUUGAACCCCAUCAUUUUGGAACAGUCUGGCCCCUGUUGAAGCCAAAACAGCAAAAU